AUGGAGCACACUCUGAAGAUGCUUCAUGACGUGAUAGCGAGGUCACUGCAACAACUUCAGGUGCAACUACAGCCACUUAUGCCACCACAACCUACAGUGGCUACACCGAUGUUACCAUUGAUAACUGCCAUGAAGAAUAUGAAGACACCAGAUUUUGAAGGAGGGACAGAUCCAUUUGACACCGACCAGUGGCUUCGAAUUAUGGAGAAAAACUUUGAGACCCUGAUUUGUUCCGAAGAGUCUAAGAAGAAGAUGGCAGUGUAUUACUUAGACAAAGACACAGCAGAAUGGUGGGAGAGUAGAGAUCGCCAAGUGGGACAUCAGGUCACCACUUGGGCAGCAUUCAAAAAAGAAUUUGAACGCAAGUAUUUCACCCCGAAGUCCAAGCGAAGGCUUCAACACCAGUUUGCAAACUUGGUACAAGGAGAUAAGACGGUUAGAGAAUAUGAAUCUGAGUUCAUGCGGCUGCGACGACACGUUCUGCGAAGACAAGAUGAUGAGGAGACCAUGAUAUCCAACUUUCUAUUUGGUCUAAAACCAGAGUUAGAAAAUAUACUGGCAGUCAGAAACUACGGGAGUCUCACCGAGCUAGCGGAAAAGGCUGUGAAUGUGGAUAUCGGAUUAGAAGCUGAGAAGGCGGCAAGUAAGAAAUCCAAGCAGCAUCAAGAAGGAAAGUAUGGUGGAAACCAUAGAUCAUUUAAGGGUAAAGAUAAGAAAAAGGAAUCGGGAGGGCCAAGUCGACGAUCUCUGUUCACAGGAAAAUGCUUUUACUGUGGCAAGAUAGGCCAUAAGUCAAAUGAAUGCUUCGGAAAGAAACCUGGAUCCUUUCAGUCAAACUCCUACAAUCCUACAUGUUUCACGCGUGGAAAGAAAGGGCACAUCUCUACCCAGUGCAGCAUCAAUCGUCCUAUCCCAGCUACGCCAAUCACUGUCCAUCCUCCUCCAGCUCCACCUGCAAUCGCACCAGCGCCAAAAAGGCAAGUUAUAGGAGGUAGAGUUUACGCUUUAGAACUAGAGGAUACUAAACCUCCAGGCUCAUCUAAGAGUCCCAUCUUAGGAACUUUACAUGUUGCGGGGCGUCCCACACAUGUAUUGUUAACACAUAGUUUUGUGACCCCUGAGGUAGCUGCCGAGUUUGUGGGUUCAUUUGUGAUUGACAGGAUGGAUGUGGCUGUAAUGACUCCCGGAGACCAAACCCUCCAAGCAAGAGAAUGCAUUAUAAGAGUUCCGUUAGUCAUUUGCGAGAAGAUGUUUUUGGCAGAUUUGUUGGUGGUGCCCUUAAAGGGAUAUGAGGUUAUUCUAGGCAUGGAUUGGUUAUCAGGCUAUCGGGCUCACUUAGAUUGUGGAAAAUGUCGUAUUUUGUUCAAGGAGAACGGGCAACAACAAAUAGUGUUUUACGGGAUCAGUCCAAGCAAGUUUGUGUCUUUAGUAGCUGCCUUGAGAGUGGAAGAUUUGCUUAAGGAUGGAGAAGCGUAUUUGGUAACUGCUAGUGAAGGACCCGCUAGUAAUGGAGUUGAAAUUACAGAUAUUGCAGUAGUACAAGAAUUUGGGGAUGUGUUCUCAGUGUUGAAAGAGUUACCUCCACCUCGAAGUAACCCUUUCACAAUUAACUUGGAACCUGGAGCUAAGCCGAUAGCAAAGGCUCCUUACCGCAUGGCACCCGCAGAGUUAGCAGAGUUGAAGAAACAACUUGAAGAUUUAUUGGAGAAAGGUUUCAUAAGACCUAGCUCUUCACCAUGGGGAGCUCCGGUAUUAUUUGUUAAGAAGAAAGAUUGUAGCAUGCGACUUUGCAUUGAUUAUCGAGGAAUCAACAAUAUCACCAUCAAAGAUAAGUAUCCUCUUCCGAGGAUAGACGAGUUGUUGGAUCAGCUAAGGGGAGCAAGUUGGUUUUCGAAGAUCAACUUGGCGUCGGGCUAUCAACAGAUUCCAAUUUCAGAAGGUGAUGUCAUGAAAACUGCGUUUAGAACUCGUUAUGGACAAUACGAGUUCGUAGUAAUGCCUUUUGGCCUUACUAACGCACCGGCGGCCUUCAUGAGAUUGAUGAAUGAAGUCUUUCACGAUUAUCUCGACAAGUUCGUGAUAAUCUUCAUUGAUGAUAUUUUAAUAUAUUCCAAGACAGAGGUCGAGCACAAAGCACACUUGAAGCUAGUGUUGGAACGGUUAAGAAACCAGAAGCUGUAUGCAAAGUUCAGCAAGUGCCCUUUCUGGAAAAGAGAGAUCGGGUUCUUGGGGCACCGAGUGUCUGGAGAAGGAGUUUCCAUAGAUUCAGAAAAGGUGAAAGCCAUCAAGGAAUGGCAAACGCCAUCAAUGGUAACCGAGGUAAGAAGUUUUCUCGGGUUAGCCGGGUAUUAUCGAAAGUUCGUCAAGAACUUUUCUUCGAUCGCUAAGCCCCUGACAAAGUUGACUAGAAAAGGAGUUCCGUUCAUCUGGGGGAAAAGAAACGGAGGAAGCAUUCAGAGACUGAAGGAAGCUUUGACCACAACACCGGUAUUGGCAUUACUUGAACAAGGUAAACCUUACACUGUGUACUCAGAUGCUUCUAGGGUUGGGUUGGGUUGUGUGUUGAUGCAGGAAGGGAAAGUAAUUGCUUAUGCAUCAAGGCAACUCAGGAAGCAUGAAGAGAACUACCCAACACAAGAUUUAGAAAUGGCGGCAGUGGUGUUUGUGUUAAGGAUUUGGAGAUCUUACUUAUACGGAGAAGUCGUGGAAGUAUUCACAGAUCAUAAAAGUCUCAAGUAUUUGUUCACACAGCCUGAUUUGAGCCUCCGACAAAGACGACGGAUGGAGUUUGUGGUGGAUUACGACCUGAAGAUUCAAUAUCAUCCGGGCAAAGCUAAUGUUGUCGCAAAUGCAUUAAGUCGUAGAAAGUUGGCGUCCGAUGUUGGAAAGGAAGUGGAAGCAUUAUCGAAUGAACUUAAGUUGAUGACAAUAUGGGUAAUUGAAGGAGAACCAAGUGAGCCAUUAGGCAUGCAUGUAGUAAACCAGGCGGGUUUACUCGCACAUAUCAGAUAGGAGCAACAACGUGAUGAAAAGUUAAACAUAAUUAUUGAGGAAGUCAAAAGUCAAGAAGGUCCAAACCCAAGUGGCUAUCAUAUGGCGCCAGAUGGUACACUAUUACUUAAUGGGAGGAUAUCAGUACCACAAGGAGAAAGGCUACGAGAUGAGAUUUUGAAGUCGGCGCAUCACUCGUUACUCAAUAUCCAUCUCGGGAGUACGAAAAUGUACCAAGAUAUCCAAAGGUAUUAUCAUUGGCCAGGAAUGAAGAAAUCAGUGGCGCGAUGGGUGGCUCAAUGUCAACCUUGUCAACAAGUCAAAGGCGAACAUCAGAUUCUAUGAGGGUUGUUACAAAGCUUACCAGUACCUCAGUGGAAAUGGGAUUCCAUAUCCAUGGACUUCAUCACUGGGUUACCCCUGCCCGAGGAAGAUUAAAUAAUGCAAUAGGGGUGAUUGUCGACAGACUGACGAAGGUGGCGCACUUGUUACCUAUGAAGGAAACUGAUAAGGUAGAAGUAUUGGCAGAGAUGUAUGUGGACCAAAUUGUAAGGUUGCUUGGUGUGCCAACAGAUAUAGUCUCCGAUUGAGAUCCAAGAUUCACCUCAAAUUUUUGGAAGGCGUUACAAGAAGCAGUGAGAACUACUAUGUUAUUCAUAAGAACCGCGUAUUAUCCAGAGACGGACAGCCAAACGAAAGAACCAUUCGUACCAUAGAGGAUAUGAUGCGGAUGUGUAUAUUGGAUUGGGCGGGAAGCUGGGAAAAGCAUUUACCAUUAAUUGAAUUCUCCUACAACAACAUCUUUCAUUCUAGCAUAGGUAUGGCAUCAUAUGAAGCGCUUUAUGGGAGGCCAUGCAAAACCCCUUUAUGUUGUACCGAAGUUGGGGAAAGAAGAGAGUUUGGACCCAAAAUUGUAGAAGAGACGAUGAAAAAGUUGGAGAUCAUUCAAACCAAUAUGAAGAAAACGCAGGAUAGACAAAAGAAGUACGCUGAUCAAUCAAGGCGAGAAGUGGUGUUCAGUAUUUGUGAUUGGGUUUAUCUAAAGGUGUCAGCUCAGAAAGGAAAAGAUCGAUUCGGGAAAG